AAAGUUCAAACUCAAGUUCCCCUUCUUAUCCUAGAUCUUACUCCUUUUUUUUUCUCAGAUUAAUAUUCUUUCAAUCUCACAAAGAGAAAGAAGAAUGGUGGUACCAUCUCCUUCACCAAUAAGAAGCAAGAAAACGAUGGCAAUAGGAAUUCCCACAAUCGAUCUAUCAAAUUACAAUAGGUCAAAGCUAUCAGCACAAAUUGUUGAAGCCUGUGAAGAAUAUGGUUUCUUUAAGGUGGUCAACCAUGGUAUCCCAAAAGCGGUCAUUGAGACAAUGGAAACACAAGGGUCUGAUUUUUUUGCCAAGCCAACAAUCGAGAAGCAACGAGCUGGCCCUGCUUGUCCUUUUGGCUAUGGCUGCAAAAAUAUUGGUCGCAAAGGCGACACCGGAGAGCUUGAGUACCUUAUUCUUCAAACCAAUCCUCAGUCCAUUUCUGACAGAUCCAAUGAUAUUUCCGACGACCCUACGAAAUUCAGUUGUGCAGUGAAUGAUUACAUAGAAGCAGUUAAAGAAUUGGCAUGUGAGGUUCUUGAUUUGUUGGCCGAGGGACUAUGGGUUUCAGACAAGUCUGUGUUCAGCAGGUUCAUCAGAGACGUCCAGAGUGACUCCAUUCUUAGGUUUAAUCACUAUCCUCCAGUCAAGGACAUCAAGGACUGGGAAACAACACCAAAACAGCAUUCCUUCACUAACAACAACAACAAUAAUCAUAGUAGGAUUGGAUUUGGAGAGCAUUCUGACCCUCAGAUCUUGACCAUCUUAAGAUCCAACAACGUGGGGGGCCUUCAGAUUUCUCUACGUGAUGGCUUGUGGGUUCCCGUGGCUCCGGACCCCAAUCAGUUCUUCGUAAUGGUUGGUGAUGCCUUACAGGCUUUGACGAAUGGGAGGUUAGUAAGUGUGAAACAUAGAGCACUGGCAAACUCAGUUGUGAAGCCAAGGAUGUCAAUGGUGUACUUUGGGGCACCACCCCUCAAUGCAUGUAUGUCUCCUCUUCCAGAGAUGGUGUCGCCGGAGAAGCCCAGCCUCUACAAACCUUUCACAUGGGGUGAAUACAAGAAAGCUGCAUACACUACACGAUUGGGAGAUACACGUCUAGACCAUUUCAAGAUUAAUAAUCACACCAGCAAGUGCAACGAUCAAACUCAAUGUCCAUGCUUGGACAAUCUUGUACGAUAGAAUGUAUAAUUACAUCGUACAAAGAUUAAUUACUAGGUAGAUAAUUACUUAAGUCUAUAUAUGUAGUCAUAGUUAAGGUGCGUAUAUGUAUGGCUAGCAUAGCAAGCUAGGUCAAAAUUGUAGUUGAAAAAUUAGAGGUUGUUUGUAUGGAUCGGGAAUUUUUGCUUUGAGAUUUAAGCAUUUCUCCAUUAAUUUAUGCCUAGUUGCAUGUGGA